GAAUCGGCAGGGACGGGUCUCCCACCGCUGUUCCGUCUCAAUGCGAGGAGAAAAACAUUGACAGAAAGUAGAAACACACCAGCGAAUUUCCCCACGAAGGUCUCUCUGGAAACUCCGAUGGAUUAAUCUGAUUUUUCUGCGAGAGUAGAGAAUGGGCUGUGUCCAAUGUAAGGAUAAAGAAGCAGCAAAACUCACUGAUGACAGGGAGACCAGCCUCUCGCACAACUCGGGAUACCGCUAUGGAUCCGACCCCACGCCACAGCACUACCCCAGCUUCGGGGUCACCACCAUCCCCAACUACAACAACUUCCACAGCGCCGCCACACAGGGGGUGACCGUGUUCGGAGGAGUCCACACAUCCUCGCAGUCUGGGACGCUUCGGUCCCGGGGAGGUACAGGGGUGACUCUCUUUGUGGCUCUUUAUGACUACGAAGCCAGGACCGAGGAUGACCUCAGCUUCAGAAAGGGGGAGAGGUUCCAGAUCCUCAACAGCACUGAGGGAGACUGGUGGGAGGCUCGUUCUCUCACUACAGGUGGAACUGGUUACAUUCCCAGCAAUUACGUAGCUCCGGUGGACUCGAUCCAAGCUGAGGACUGGUAUUUUGGUAAAUUAGGUCGAAAGGAUGCAGAGAGGCAACUGCUCUCCAACGGCAAUGCCAGAGGCACUUUCCUCAUCCGUGAGAGUGAAACAACCAAAGGGGCUUACUCCCUCUCCAUCCAGGAUUGGGAUGACAUCAAGGGAGACCAUGUCAAACACUAUAAGAUUCGCAAGCUGGACAGUGGAGGCUACUACAUCACCACCAGGGCCCAGUUUGAAACGCUGCAGCAGCUAGUACAGCACUACUCGGCCAGGGCUGCAGGGCUGUGCUGCCGCCUGAUCGUGCCGUGUCACAAAGGCAUGCCUCGUUUGACUGACCUGUCCGUCAAAACCAAAGACGUGUGGGAGAUCCCGCGAGAGUCGCUGCAGCUCAUCAAACGUCUCGGAAAUGGCCAGUUUGGAGAAGUCUGGAUGGGCACGUGGAACGGCACCACCAAGGUGGCAGUGAAGACUCUGAAGCCCGGCACCAUGUCGCCUGAGUCCUUCCUGGAGGAGGCUCAGAUCAUGAAGAAGCUCCGACAUGACAAACUGGUGCAGCUCUAUGCCGUAGUGUCCGAAGAACCCAUCUACAUCGUCACUGAGUACAUGAGCAAAGGCAGUUUGCUCGAUUUCCUUAAAGACGGAGAAGGACGAAGCCUCAAGCUGCCAAAUCUAGUGGACAUGGCAGCUCAGGUGGCAGCAGGCAUGGCGUAUAUUGAGAGGAUGAACUACAUUCACAGAGACCUGCGCUCUGCCAACAUCCUAGUCGGAGACAGUCUGGUGUGUAAGAUCGCUGACUUUGGUCUGGCCCGGCUCAUCGAGGACAAUGAAUACACAGCAAGACAAGGUGCAAAGUUUCCCAUAAAAUGGACUGCUCCUGAGGCUGCUCUCUAUGGGAAAUUCACCAUCAAGUCAGAUGUGUGGUCGUUUGGCAUCCUGCUGACAGAGCUGGUGACCAAGGGCAGAGUGCCCUAUCCAGGAAUGAACAACCGGGAGGUGCUGGAGCAAGUGGAGCGAGGCUACCGGAUGCCAUGCCCACAGGACUGUCCCACGUCCCUGCACGAGCUGAUGGUGCAGUGCUGGAAGAAAGACCCAGAGGAGAGGCCCACCUUUGAGUACCUGCAGGCCUUUUUGGAGGACUACUUCACUGCCACUGAGCCCCAGUAUCAGCCAGGGGAUAAUCUCUGAGCGCCGCCACCCUCAUCCCAUGUCAUUUCAUUGGCUUUCCACCAGAGGGAGCCAGAUACUCUCCAAAUAUUCUCCGUCAUCCUGUGGCUCUACAAAAGCUCAUCGACUGACUUCUUGACUUUUAAGCUUCACACACACCCACACACACACACAUACACACACAGGGACAGGCGGCUGCUCUGUCAGCAUACUGACUAUCAAUUUCAGUGGAUGUUUUUGAGGUGGGAGGGGGCGUUUGAGAUGACUGAAGAGUUAAAAAUGACUGCCAUGGAUGAACCAGAUGAGUUGUGUACCUUGUAUGUAGUGUAAAUAUAAAUCUGCUUGUUUACUUAUCUCCUUUUUGUUUCAUUUUAUAUUACUUUUGAUAUUUUGGAAAUGUGUGGAUUUUUUUUUUAAUCCAAGGUUAAAGUUAUUUCAGAUUUAAAGCUUGUAGAGAAACGUGUGAGGCUCACAGUUGGUAACAAAUCGUGACAUAAUAAUUGUAGGAAUGGUAGUAGUUAGACAUCAUGGACCGAGAUAUCUCAGAAAUUUUUCUGGGAGUCCACUGACCUUUUUUACAAGGUUAAUAUGACGAUACUGCUCUCCUCUUCUCAAGGAACUUAGAUGUACUAUAACACCUGUUCUUGCCUUUUCAUGUUUAGUAAUAUUCUUAUAAUGUAAGGGAAUGCCUUCAUGCUUUCUACACACUAACUUCUUGCAUCAUGGACUCUUCCACCCAAACUUGUAUGACAUCUGCACUGAUAUUAAGUGCAUUCAUCGCAUUUCAGCUUCAGCCAAUGAUUUUUAGAUCGGCUUAAAAUAACUUUUAGUUCAGCUAAUCUAUGGGGGCUGACUUCCUCUCUGAGUGCAACCAUUGUUUGGCUGACUGCUUAUUAUACUGACGAUAUUUUAAAAUGUAUGUUGCAUUAUUGUAUGGCAGCAGGCUGUGUAAGAAUUCUGCAUUGUCUUUUCGCUUCAGCGGCCAAACAAACAAACUGCCACUUACAUGACAAGAAUGAAGGAUACGUGCCCGUGUUUGUCCCUCCAUAAUGUGUUCCUCGAAAUAACAUGUUGUUUACGAGACCAAACAUGUUCAUUUCGCUGUAUUAUUUUGCUCAGCAUUUCGGCCAGUCUUAAAUGUCUUUAUGAUCUCAUGGUUAUGUCAUUAUCCAGGGAAGUGUGCAGCUCUGAACGGCAUUUUAUCAUCAUCAAGUAUCUAUCAACUUCUCUCCCUGGGUAAGAAGGAGCAUUCCAGAACAAUACACCAUUCCUCUGUGUAUUUAUGUUGCUUUUCAUGAGUGGAAAAGUGAGCAAAAACUAGAUUUUGUAUCACUUUAUUUACCCUAAUUCAGUAGAUAUACAGAAAAUGUUUUUGGUCUCCGCAUUAUUUAUUGUCUCUGUCUGUUACUUGUACACAACUGGUUUUGAAAUAAACAAU